AUGUUCAAUGGCACUGCAGAUUUAGAACAUCCAGUCUCUUCCGCCACUUCGGCGUCAUCUCCGCCGUUCCUUUCGCGAGAUCCCCGGACCCGUGACCAAUCGCGUCUUGCGCCUUCACUACUUCUGUCAUCUCCGCCAUCUGGCAACUCGAGCCCGUCUACUGUCGGUUCCCCAGGUCAACGAGCUUCUCCAAAUAUCGGUCUCGACCCUCCACCGCUCCCUUUUCUCUCCUCAUACCGCGGAGCCGAAGAAUCCCAGGCCUCGUCACCGGUCAAUCGGAGGGCAGAAAGUAGUAUCUACUACACGACCGCGUGGGGUUCUCCGUAUGCAGCACCAAGCACCCGGAGAUUGUCAGUGACCCAUAGCCAACUCACGGGCCUCAAUCUCGAAUCCGGUCCCGACUCGCCAGUAUCGUCGGUAGCCAACCAUACCGAAUUCCGGAGGUCGAUUACCGCGAACGACGACACACUCGAACCCGUCGACCGUGAUAUUGAUCAGAACGGAGAGAAGUCUAUACGGGACUUUACGCAAGAUUGGAUCAAUCAGUACCUGACUGGGCAGCCUAGAACGGAACGCAGCAAUUGGCUAAGCGACGACUCGGGUAGUGAAGCACCCUCGUUCUUUACUGCGAAGAAUCACCUUGCGGACGACGCAUCUGACGAUUGGCUUGGUCUGGAAGACGACUAUCGCACCGAGGAAUUGUUAAGGACCCCGACCCUCUCUGAUUUCGCUGGGAGAAAAGUUACUGCCCGUGCGAAAGUCAAGAAUACGUUGCAUAAACGCGCCGAUACUCUGCGCCAGGAGGACUUUUGGGGCUUUGCAUACGACAAAGAGGCAAACAACAACAUGUCAGAAUCAAAUCACACACAGCCUACCGCGGAGACGAGUUCUCCGGUUGAAAAGCCGCUUCCACCGCCUCCGACAAAUGCGACAGAAGACGACCCACAGGCGGAUGGACGGCCUCCAUUAAAGACGCAGGUCUCUGAAAUUAGUAGAUCCGCUACCCAAACACCACGGCGGAGGAAGAAGCUUAAUUGGCGUGGAAAGGCAUGCAUCAUCGAAUUGCCACACGAAGACAAGAGAGGCUCAGAUGAAUCUGGCCUGCGCCUUUUGACUCCAGCCGAUGUUCAAGAACGGAUGCAAAAAUGGGAGGAGGAGGGACAUGAUAUUCGCGGAUUCACCAUUGGUGAUUCCGAGGAUCCUUCGGAGACGACGGAACUAGGAGGUCUCAGUCGACCUUUGUAUCCUGAGCCAUUUGAUUUAUACGAAGAGUCAAAGGCGCAACAGCUUGUCGUCAACUUCCCUGACCGGGCCAAGUGGCAGUCCUACAUCACCGAACUGCAGGAAGAAAAGCUACGGGCUCUUGGAGUGUCAUUUGGUGAAGAUGAACCCGCCGAGUCUAUCUCGCCCGACUACUCGGUCAAUCAGAGCGGGACGCCAUUCCCGGGCCUUGUCGCAUCACCGCCAAUUCCUACUGCCUCUGCAGCGAGCAACCCGAUGGGUCAUAUUCAUCCAUUCUCGCCUCACUUCAAUCAAUCAUCGAUGCCUACCCCCGGGGCCAUGGGUGCAUUGGCAUCCCCCGCUUCUCAGUUCGGUAUGCAGACACCUUUCAUGGGCGUCGAGCAGAACAUGAUGGGAGGCUUCCCCUUCCAGUAUCAGCCCACACCUCCCGCUCAGGGCUCCAUGACCCCUCAAGGGUUUAUGAAUGCCCGGCAAGUAAGUGGCUCUGCUGGCCAGGGACCAAUGGGCAACUUUGCCUCUAUGCUUUCCCCGGUCUCUCCACUCCACGAACAAGCUGCUUUCAACCCUGGAUUCAAUGACAAGGGUGGAUUUGACGAUCAAUUCGGCAACAACAUGCGCCAGGAUGGCCUGCAAUACCAACCCCCCAAGACCCCUGUUAACGGACACCCCGAUCAUUUCCAUACAUCAAACGUCGAGAUUGCUCACCCUACACCACGGGGACAUGGUCACAAUUUGAGCGAAUCAUUGCAGAGAGGAUUGGACCAAAUGACACAUACCGAUUAUCAUUUGGAAGACUCAAUCGAUCGUCAGUUGGAGGAUGACUACCGCGAUGUCAACCAUGCGGGCCUGGAUGCCAGUAUGCUGAAGUCGCGCUGGGGAAUGCCAGAGAACGAGCAUAACCCCCAGAACGCUUUCGCUCAACUUCACCAUCCCCACCAGUACUUUGGAGAUCAAUACCAGCAACAAAACGGCCAGGAUGGCUCUGAUCUUGACACGAACCCCAGUGUUGCGGGUACGCCUCAUACCCGUCAGGGCGGGUGGCACGACCCCCAGCCCAGCGGAAAUUACCAGAGAGGACACCAGCAGCAACUAUCGAUCUCAUCGCUCAACGUUGAAGCGAAGGAGUUUAAUCCCUCGGCGUCUUUAAAUUCUCAAGCCGCGCCACUGGCAAGCGAUGCAUUCCAAUUCAGUGGUAUGGGCGAGCAAGGAUUUGGCUUCGCUCCACCUCAGCCCUUCGCCCCUGGUAACAACCUGGAUGGAGCAGCGGAUCAAACCCCAGACCAAAAGCCUCAGAGUGGAUUCAGGUUCUCUGCCGCCUCGUUCAAUGUUGACGCGCCUGUUUUCAACCCUUCUGCCAGCCUCGCCUCAAAUGUCAGCAAUGAGCAGCCAUCGCCAAACCGGACCAAGAUCUUCGGCGACAUUGAUAUCGAUGAGAUCUCUAAGCCUUCUAAGGCGUCGAAGGCAAUCCCUAUUGUCCGACCUGAUGAGAACGAGCAAGGAGAUAACGAGGAAGGACCAGUUGCCGAGGACGAUAGUCAUGGUCGCCCUGUUCCCACCGACCGUCACAAGCGUGCGCGCCGUGGAGCUGGACACGCUGACGGCGAGGCUAGAUGGAGCAUCUCGACCAAUCCUUUGGGUGAAACUGGCAAUGUCCAAACUUCCGCAUCCCCCCACGGAGUUGCCGAGGGCAAGGAGAAUGCUGUGCCCGCUGAUCACCCAAUUGACCGACGAGGCACCCCGGCAAGCGAAGCUACCACCUGGACACUGUUCGAUGCCAAGAAUGAAGCUGAGAAUCGAUCCCUUGCCGGCUCUCCUAUUCGGGCAGAGCGGGCUCAGAAAGCCUCGGAUGCUGGAGAGGCGACUAAGAACAUUAUUAUUGAGGAACGUGAGCCAAAGGCACCGGCUGCGGGAGAUGAUACUUCUGUAACUGUUUCCAGAGCUACUGAACAUGCUCCCCACGCGUCCAAGAGCUCCGUAAAGAGCACCGGGCUGUCAGCUACUGCACCUGCCUUCGAGUUCAAACCUGCUGUUGCCGGAUUCGUCCCAACGACGGUCGAUCCUUCCAGCUUCGCGGAGCCGAAGAGAGCGGAAGAGAAGCCUGUCGAUACUCCACCAAAACAGGCUGGACUUAUGGCUUCUCGUUUCGCUGCUGCUAGUCCACCAAGCAAGCGUUCUGAGCCUCAGACCACCACCCCGGCUCGCGAUCAAGCUCAGAUCAUCACCCGACAGCCCAAGGACGACUCAAGUCCAUGGGACUCCGAGAGCGACUCCCCCGACGAUGCGGAGCUGAACGCCAUCAUGGAGCAGCUCAACGAUGACUCCGAUGUGGGCAUCGAGCGCCACAUGACUCCUUUCAAGACAAUCCACGCCACUCCCUUCCAACCCCGUCAGCAAAAUCUCACGGAGUCGAUGGGUGGUCCCACAAAGGAACAGCGAUUCGGUUCUGUGGAGGCCCGGAGCGAAGCCCCCAGCCCAAGUCCCGGUGGUGCUCCCAAGUACAAGCUUGACAUUCCCCGGCUUGGCUCUGACGUUGAUGCCAAUAGCAACGCUACUUUCUCUCCACAGAAGAGUCUUAUCUCCCGUCUUCAAUCCCCUGUGCGCCACUUGGUCACUGAAAACGACCACGUCAGUGACUGGGAUGACAUGAUCUCUGCUGGAGAAGAUGAGAAGUUCAUGAACAGAAACCGCUUCUUCGACCGCCGCAUCAACGACCUUGUUGGGUCUGCCAUUGAUGACAAAUUGGGUCCCAUGGAGCGUGCUUUGGCUGUCAUCCAACAAUCUGUAGCUUCUAUUGCCACCGGCACUGCCAGCCGCAGGGUGUUCCGCGAUACAUCGGCCGAGAUGGAGGAUAGUGAUGCCGAUGAUGAGGAAGAGGACGACAUCGAAGAGCAGUCAGUUCGCGAUCGCUCGCCCCACAACAUGAGAGAGCGCAAGCUUGAGAUGCUGAAGAAUGUUGUUAUGGAGGCUUUGGUCACUCAUGAUAUUCCCCAGCGUAUCGCUCCUCAUUCCAGCCACAGCGAGAUGUCCCAGCUGAAGGAGAGCAUUGCCGAGCUCCAGGCUCUAACAAUCAAAAAGCUCGCUCAGGAUCCCGUCGGUGACAUGCGUGAGAUUCUCGAGGAGACAAUGGCCAAGCAGCUGGCUCAGCAGGCUGCUCUGCAGACCCCGCGUCUGUCUGAAGCCGAGGAAAUCGGUGCCGACAGCCUGAUGCUCCAGAUUGAUGGACUCAAGACCAUGUUGCGCCUCGCCGAUGAGCGUGCCGAGCAGGAGUAUAACGACCGCCGACAGGCACAGGAUUCUAUGAAUGAGCUUCAGCGUCUGCUCAAGUUUGCAGAGGAAGAUGCCGCUCGUCACAGUGCUGCUGCCGAGGAUGCUGAGUCUCGUCUUCUUGCAUUCAAGGAAGAGAAGAUUCCCUACUUUGAGAAGAUGCAGUUCCGCACCGAGUCUCUUUCCGAGGAAAGUGAGACCCUCAAGGUCACUAUCGCUGAGCUUUCUACGAAGAACAUUGCUCUUGAAGGUACCCUGGAUGAAUACCGUGUCUCCAGUGAUAGCUUCCGCCGUCAGCUCGAGACCACCAAGGGCGAGAACCAGUCUCUUCACGAGACUGUUGACAAUCUGAGAACCCGCAUCGAGGAUAGUAUGGUCUCUCGCCAGAACCUCACUGAGAAGUUUGAUCGUCUUCAGGAUGACAUGCUCAGCGUUACCGCCGACAUCACGCGUGACCAAGCUGCUUGGCGCAAGAAGGAGCAGGAGCAAAGGGCAAGCUACAACGAGCUGCGCGCCUCCCACUCUCGUGAGAUGCAAUUGCGCCUCAAGCUCGAGGAGGACGUUGCCAUGUUCGAGAAGCAAGAGCGUGAAGCCACAAAGCUGAGGUUUAUCCAGGAGCAAUCCCAGCAGGAGAACAUUCGAUUGGAGGAGUUGGUCAACAGCCUGCGAUCUGAAAACCACGACCUGCAACUGAAGUCGGCUCGCUUCGAGCGUGAAUUCACCGAAGCCCGUGAGAGCAGCCGCGUCGAGAUUCAACGCACCCGCUCUUCAAUGGAGGCGGACCUGGAUGCUGCCAACAGCCAAGUCAACAUCGUGCGUGCUGAGCUCGAGGCUCAGGUGAUUCGCUUGCAAACCCAGCUUGAGAACAACCGCAUGGAUACCGAUACUGCCCGGGAACGCUACGAACUUCUCCUCGAGGAAGCCAAGGACUCCAAGGUCACCGCUCUAGCUGCCAAGGACCUUGCCAUUGAUGAGACCCGCAAGAUGCAUGAGCGUGUUCUUAAUGACUUGCGUGAACGUCACGCACGCGCUCUGCACAACUCGUCUGAGGAUCGCGCCCGUGGCGAAAACCACAACACGGAGCGCAUGGCAUUGUCUGAGGAGAAGGCUAAGCACUUGCAGGAGCGCGUGAACCACCUCGAGGAGAGACUUGAGAUUGCCCAAUCUGCUGCCCGUGCUGCUGCUGAGGCAGCUCACAGUGCCAAGGCAAGCCCUGCUUCAAUUCCUGUUCCCACUGCUGCACCCUCCCACUCGCGCUCCACCCCAUCGAUGUCCUUCAGUAAGGGCUCAGAGGAACCCGAGAGAAUUUCCCCUCAAGCCCUAAGGGAGUCUAUUUUCGUGCUUCAGGACCAGCUCCAGCAACGCGAGACACGCAUUGAGGAACUUGAGCAAGAGGUUUCCACCAUAGACAAGGAUGCUCCCAACAAGAUCAAGGAGAAGGAUACCGAGAUUACCUGGUUGCGCGAGCUCCUGGGCGUCCGUAUCGAUGAUCUGCAGGACAUCAUCCAGACCCUCUCCAAGCCCACUUUCAACCAGCAUGCCGUCCGCGAUGCAGCUAUCCGUCUCAAGGCGAACCUUCAAAUGCAGCAGCAAGAAAAGGAACGCCUCACAUCAGGCAACCUUCCUUCGCUCUCCGAUCUCGCUGCCUCGCCCCGGUCCCUUCCCUUAGCCGCAGCUGCAGCCUGGGGAAACUGGCGCAAGGGCCGCGAGUCCAACUCAACCACCACCGACUCUACCCCCUCCAAGCCCAGUAAUGCAGGCACCUUCCUCUCAGGACUACUGACACCCCCGAGCUCCCAUGUCCGACAAAACGCCCCCGAGGUUUCAACUCCCCCCCGCCGUGGCUCCGCGCGUAAGGAGCCUGUCGUUGUAGAGCCUCCCAAGACCCCACCUCUGCUCCGCCGCUCGAGCUAUGAUCACGACGCCGAGCCAGCGAACUAUGGAGAAGGCCACUUCGAUGAAAAUGAAAGCACCGUUGAUGGAAUGGUCUCCGCGUCGCCGAAGGAGCGCGAUGAUGAGGGUCCGUUCGGUCCUCACAUUGGAGAGGCCGAAGGAGCCAAUGCCGAGGAGGUUUCUUCUUCUGACGAGGCCUCCACGGAAGAAGAAUGA